UUUUUUGAUAACUUUGCACUUAAAAUACUUAGAUAAAUAUUGUAUAAACUCGCACACCGUAGGUUAGAUUUUUUCGCUGUCCUUGUACGAAGGGAUAAUUGAAGCAAGUCUUGGCAUUUUGCAGUUGGCACCUUCACCUCCCACACAACACAACAACACAAAACCAAUUUACUUUACCCUCUUUUUUUCUUCUGUGCUCCCAUUACUCCCCUCAUUCUUACAUUUCUCCGCAGAAUCAAAACUACUCUCUAUAUUAAUUUUUUUCUCUUUAAACAGAGGAUCAAUUAUCCCGACUCCUUCUCUUUAGUUCGAGGAACUCAAGAUUGUUCACUGGUUUAACCCGUUCCAUUUAUCAACUCAAGCUUGUUCACUGAUUCCUUCCUGGGAUCCGUUUUUGGACCUCAAAUGUCUCUUCACUGUUCUCCAUUGGGCUUCAGCUGUGUUGAGCCGUCCAGUCAAUUGGUGGGCCCAUCUUCAUUUCUCAGGAAAUGCGCUACUCUGAAAGCAUCAUCUUUUUCAUCGCCGUCUCCUUCUUCGUUUCCAAGAUUCAGACUUCACGGAAAAGGAUUAGAAAGUGGUAAUGGAGCAGUUGAAAGCAAAGAGUCCCCUCUUGUGGUCUGCUUUGGGGAACUGCUAAUCGACUUUGUACCUACGGUUAGUGGAGUCUCAUUAGCCGAAGCACCUGCUUUUAACAAAGCUGCUGGAGGUGCCCCUGCUAAUGUUGCGGUUGGCAUUGCGCGUCUUGGUGGCUCAUCGGCUUUCAUAGGAAAGGUGGGCGAGGAUGAGUUUGGAUACAUGCUUGCCAACAUUCUAAAGGAGAACAAUGUAAAUAACGAAGGGAUGAGGUUCGAUUCAGGGGCUCGAACAGCUUUAGCAUUCGUGAGCCUGACAAAGGAUGGCGAACGUGAAUUCAUGUUUUAUCGAAACCCGAGUGCCGAUAUGUUACUGCAAGAGGCCGAACUUAACUUUGAGUUGAUCAAGAAGGCCAAAAUAUUCCACUAUGGUUCUAUAAGCUUAAUCACGGAACCUUGUAGAUCGGCCCACAUUACCGCCAUAAAGGCUGCUAAAGAAGCUGGCGUGAUUUUGUCUUACGAUCCGAAUUUGAGGCUUCCUUUGUGGGCUUCUGCAGAAAAUGCAAGGGAAGGCAUUCUUGGCAUAUGGGAUAUGGCUGAUAUAAUUAAGAUUAGCGAAGAGGAGAUUCGCUUUUUGACCAAUGGAGAAGACCCAUAUGACGACAACAUUGUUCGUAAAUUGUACCAUGAGAAUCUCAAACUUCUCCUUGUCACUGAAGGUUCUGAAGGAUGCAGAUAUUACACCAAGGAAUUUAGUGGAAGAGUGAAGGGUUUGAAGGUACAAACUGUAGACACCACUGGUGCUGGUGAUGCUUUUGUAGCCGGAUUUCUAUCACAACUGGCUUCUGAUACCUCAUUGCUUCAGAAUGAGAAUCAGUUGAGAGAUGCUUUAAGUUUCGCAAAUGCUUGUGGUGCUUUGACUGUGACUGAAAGAGGUGCUAUUCCAGCUUUGCCUGCUCGAGAAGCUGUCCUCAAUGCCCUUCUCAAGUCAGUUGCAUCAUAGAUCUUCUCGUUUAAUCUUGCAUAAUUAGCAUAUAUAUGUCCGUAAUUCCAAUAUCAUGUUUUUGCUGUGAUUUGAUUUAUAAUACAAUAUCAUGUUUGUCACUUGUAAAUCUGAUGAUUAAAAAAAUUUGAUCUUUUAACUAAUUCAGUUUUCUGUUGAGCCUAAUAGUCAACUAUACCUAAUAGCUAUCAAGUCUACAACAAUCAGACAAGGGUUGAAGGGUCAGAUUAUUCAUCAUUUAUUAAUUCUGGGAUAUUUUGUGUCUUCAACCGCAAGUAAAUUAAUAAAUUUACCCAAGAUGAAAAUCUUAUGAUAACAGACUCUUUAGAAAUGUCAUUUCUUUCUGUUCUAAAAU